AUGACGGAUUUGGGAGGCAUCCAUGCCUUCUUCUCGGGAGUGAGACGCAACACACUGCGGUCCCGCUCUUCUUGCGACGUGCCGACAGAAGUACUGGCACCUCGUUGCGAAGUGGUGUCAAUAGGAGAGCCGACACCACUGUUAGCGCCCGAGUCUCGCGACCUCGAGCGCCUUCUCUUCGGCGAUGGUUCAUCUGAGUCGCCAGAUGAACCAAAGAUGCUGCGGCGCAUAGCAUCAUCCAUGCCACGCUUGGCAGGCGGCUUGGUUUCGAUCGCCGCCGAUACGGAUCCGUCUUCCGUAUCAGGAGAGUAUGAGACACCGAGCUCAUACUCUGUGAAGACAUGA